CUUUUAGAUAUUCGGAUACCCUAAAAUUCUCGUAAUAUUGCCACCGUUAGCGGGUUCCGAUUAGAGGCCGAUUCGUUAGACAAUAAUGUUUCAUGACUUUCAUCGUUUCAUGUGGUCGCCGUUUGUGAAAUUGUGAGACAAUGAGAAAGAAUUGAAAGACAACAGUAAUGUCUUUUCGUAGAAUCGAAGUCUGUAAUUAGUAUAAAUUUUCCCGCAUUUUAAGCUUUAACCCCGCAGCCAGAGGGCAGAGGCGUCCGUGGCGUAAAACACACUCCUUCCAAUACACCGGUGACCAGUGACCAGCUUCGCGAAACUACUAACAGUAACAAACCUCGGGCACGAACAGCAUCGAUCCAACGAUAAUUUAGACGGAUGAUCUGCUAAAGCUUGUAGGAAUCUACUCUAGUUGUCAUUGCGAGGGAGAUUUAGGGCACACGGCUCUUCAGAAGUUCAAAUUUUAGUUUUACAGAGGUGAUACGGGCGUUUUUCAGAUUGGUGUAUUGAAACUAGGGCAUAGAUCGCCGAUUUCGGUCGACUUCUAUAGUUCUAGAGGCAAAUUUGGCUUUAUUUCUGAACGGGAGAAGCCUAUCUGAACGGAAGUAGAAAAUGUCUGUGCAAGAAUACUUGGACAAGCACAUGCUGUCUAGGAAAAUCGAGGACGCCGUCAAUGCUGCUGUCAGGGCCAAGGCUCCCGAUCCAGUAUUGUUUAUCUCGAAUCAUAUGAAGAAAUCCGUUUCUUCUGUGGUUACGAAGAUUAAAGCUAGACAGAUUCUCGAUAGUAGAGGGAUUCCUACUGUUGAAGUCGAUUUAUACACAAACAAAGGGAUGUUUCGAGCUGCAGCUCCUAGCGGGAGUUCUACUGGAACAUAUGAAGCUGUUGAAUUACGUGAUGGAGACAAGGGAAAAUAUCAUGGAAAAAGUGUUUCUAGAGCAGUUAAGAACAUCAAUGAGAAGAUAUCUGAAGCCUUGAUUGGAAUGGAUCCAACACUUCAGACCCAAAUUGAUCAGGCUAUGAUAGACUUGGACAAAACUGAAAAUAAGGCUGAACUUGGAAGUAAUGCCAUAUUAGCUGUUUCAAUUGCUGCUUGCAAAGCUGGUGCUGCUGAAAAGGAGACCCCCCUUUACAAACAUAUUGCUGAUCUUUCUGGUAAAACAGGCCUGGUUCUUCCUGUCCCUGCCUUCACUGUUAUUAGUGGUGGAAAGCAUGCUGGGAAUAAUCUGGCUGCCCAAGAAAUAAUGAUUCUUCCUGUUGGGGCAAACACAUUUAAGGAGGCAAUGCAAAUGGGCUCUGAGACAUAUCACCACCUAAAGGCCAUUAUUACUGAAAAAUAUGGCAUAUCUGGAUGCAAUGUUGGUGAAGAUGGUGGAUUUGCUCCCAAUAUCUCCAGUUUCAGAGAAGGUUUGGAUCUUGUUAAGGAAGCAAUUGACCGAACAGGAUACAAUGAUAAGAUCAAGAUAGCAAUGGAUGUUGCUGCAACUAAUUUCUGCUUAGGGACAAAAUAUGAUUUGGACUUCAAAUCCCCAGACAAGUCAGGGCAGAAUUUUAAGACAGGGGAGGAUAUGAUUGAGAUGUACACACAACUCUGUAAAGAUUAUCCAAUUGUAUCAAUUGAGCAGCCAUUUGACAAGGAGGAUUGGGAGCACACCAAGAAAUUUUCCAGACUUGGGAUUUGCCAGGUUGUGGGAGAUGACUUGCUGAUGUCAAAUCCAAAGCGUAUUGAGAGAGCAAUUAACGAAUCCACCUGCAAUGCCCUUCUUCUCAAGGUGGAUCAGAUUGGAACUGUGACUGAAGUCAUCGAAGCUGUGAAGCUGGCAAAGGAUGCCAACUGGGGAGUCGUUACAUCCCAUAGAUGUGGAGAAACUGAAGAUUCAUUCAUAGCUGAUUUAGCCGUUGGCCUGGCCACUGGUCAGAUCAAGGCAGGUGCACCUUGCCGGGGAGAGCGACUUGUGAAGUACAACCAGUUGCUUCGAAUUGAAGAAGAGCUUGGAGAGCUAGCAGUUUAUGCCGGUCCCGACUGGAGGUUGCCAUGAUCUUUCUUCCAAAGUUUUUUGCAGUUCAUCUGAGAGAGACUUCAAGCAACUUAGUGCGACAGCAUACUCAGCACAAACUUUCAGUAUUUCUGGUGUUAAACGGUAAUCAUGUUUCCUAUGUAACAGAGGGUGGUUGCAAGGGGGAUUGAAAUGUUCUUUUUUUUUCUCUCACUUAUUCCGAUGGUUGGGGUGAGUUUUUCCUUUUGUGGAAAGAUGAAAGUUUUUAUCUUGUUUAAAGACAUCCAAUGUGCGGACUGCUUUCCCCAUUUCGUGGUUAAAAGUCAUUUUAUGGUAUCAAUUGGGAUGUUUGCAGCUCAUAUGGCUGCUUGCAGGGGACAUUUUGAGAAUGGGGAGUCUUUUGGCACCCCUCCUAAAUGGAUGGCCAAUUGUCUUAAACAAAGAUAGUGAUAGUCGUAGGUGUGAGAUGAACUCUGGUAGUUAGUGGUUUACUAGUUGGCUUUUCUGUUUUCUGUUUGUUUUUUUGUUUAUCUUUGUUAUGUUGGACUGGACA